UUUUCACUUUUGUUUUGUUUUGGUAAUCUGUUGCAUUUAUUUUCUUAUUUUUCAAUUUCACUUUUUUCAAUUUUAUUGUUGAUGUUUUCCACAGCCAAACGCAGUAUGACUUCUGCUGCUGCUGCUGCUGCUUCCCCACCAAAACCAAUAGCAGCAGCAGAUGCUGGCCAUUCAUCAGACGAUAGUGGUGAGCUAUGGAUCUCACCCAAACUCUCCCGCUCAUCAACCAACUCGCAAUCCCCGCCACCCGCGCAGUCCGUUCCUGCCACCGUCACCGGCGCAGCUGCCCAAAUCAACAUCGCCGUCCAGCCAAUAUCACCAGCCCCCUCAGCCCUGGCAACCACACCCCUGCUGCACUCUCGGCGAAAAGCUCACAUCCGGCGCACCCAGCAAAAAACCGCAUCCUCUCCGCCUCCGCUUUCGCCCUCACGUAUAAUUGCAUGGUAUAUUCCGCGUAUUCUACUACUCUUUUCCAUCGGGUGGUCUUGGUCAGUGGGUAUUCAGCUGAUCCAUGCUCAGCAAAGAUCCUUGUUGCGCGAGGAUUCCAGCGACUCGGAUGAUUUGGAAUUCCCCUACGAGUCCCUUUUUGGGUGGCGCCGUGGAUUGGGCCCGCAUGGGUUAACACGCGAUCUAAUCAGUCGUGUGUUGGCGCAGGCGCCCUGGAGUAAUGCACUCAGUGGGCUUCUCACUGUGCUGGUUGGCCUCAUGUACCCCUUUCUUGAUCGUAAGUGGCUGAACACCCCACUGCGUCGUACCGGGUGGAACGACGUCCUUCGGUGUGUUGGUGGCUUUUUGGGCGUAAAUUAUGCGGCGUUGAAAUUACCCUUUGAGAGCGCAAGUCAGUCGUCUGCUUGUAUGAUUAUAAUUUCUCUGGGACUGUGGACCGUUUGUGAUGGCUCAUUGCAUGGCUUUUUGGUUUCCCUGAAUGCCUCGUUGAUGGCUACUUGGGUACUGUAUGUUCAUGCUUUGGUCAGUUUGGAUGAGGCUUUUACGAGAGAGGAUUAUCUAGGGUUGCUGUCGUAUUUGCCCAGUGUAUUGUUCACUUAUUGUGUUAUGACUGGGAGUAUUGGAAGGAGCAUUGCAUUUAGGGCCCCGGUGUGGACCCAAAGUCGCAUCGGUAGGAGAAACCCUAGGAUUGGAUAUCCGGAAAAAAUGCCCAUUGGAUUGAGUUUUUCUGGUACAAGCAAUUUUUAAAAUCAACUAAAAUAUAUGUUUAUAUAUAAUUCUUUUUUUGUUAUUGAUAUUGAUAUUUAUAAUACACAAAGAGAGAAAAUUGA